AUGUCCCUUUCUUUCCGAGAGAAGAUCAUCAGGAGUCUUUGCAUUCCUGCUUUUCUGAAGCCUUCAGAAGUCUUCAGGAGGAACUUGGACCUGUCAACCUUCGUGCUGCUCUUCCUGCUGCUGUUGGCGGUGAUCACCGUAGCCACCGUCGCGGUGAGCAAGAAGCAUUGGCUGAGGAAAACCAUCGGUGCUAUCACAGUGACCCAGGCCGCCACUCAACGCCACAGGAAGAUGAGGACCAUCAAGAUGAUCGUGCUGCUGGUGGUGACCUUUGCCCUCUGUUGGUUCCCCCUCAACGUCUACACUGUCCUGCUCUCCGGCCAACGUGUCCAAUUCAACAACACCCUCUACUUUGCCUUCCACUGGGUGGCCGUGAGCAGCACCUGUUGGAACCCCUUCAUCUACUGUUGGAUGGACAACAGGUUCCGCUCCAACCUCAUGACCCUUCUGGCCAAGUGUGGGUGGAGAAGGAGGAGAGGAGGCAAGAUCCUGGUGCUCACCGCGGCCAGCGGAGACGGGAUGCAGCCGGGGGUGAGAUUGGAGGACGAGCCUGGCCCGUCCACGGAGAAUAUGAGUUGCUACCUUGGUGGGCGCAGGGGUAACAAUGGGGAGGUGAGUACAGUUUAG